AUGGCACGAUUACUUUUAGCUUUGUUAUUAGUCUCUUUUUCUGCUCUUAUCUCUGCUACUGUAUACCCAAUUAUGGUCGGUCAGGGUGGAAAUUUUUUUGUGCCAGCAAAUGUUACUGGCUUAAAAGUGGGUGAUAUGAUUAAUUUCACAUGGGUCGCUGGUACGCACAGCGUUGUUCUAUCGGAUGCCCCUGCUGGAACCUGUGUCCAAUCCCAAUCUAUACCAAAUGCUCUAUUCCAAACUCCAACUAAUCAAACUGGUUUUAGUAAAAUGUUCAACAUCACUGAAACUACUCCACAAACCGUAUGGUACUUCUGUAGUGUAGGUACUCACUGCCAGAACGGUAUGUUCGGUACCUUAAAACUCGAAAGUGCUUCAAAUUCAACUACUCCAUCUCCUCCAAGUUCUUCAAGUUCUCCAAAUUCUCCAAGUUCUCCAAAAUCUCCAGCAAAUCCUUCUCAACCAGCUGGUACAGAAACUGCUAAAGCUUCAUCUGCUAAUAAGGGUGAAAUUAGUGGUGCUUUAAUUAUUGGUUCUGGACUUUUAAUGUAUUUUGCUGGACUAUUUUUAUAA